AUGCGUCUCAUUCCGCUUCGGUGGGCCGCCUGCACGACCGAUGCUUGCAAUGGACAGCCUACCAGCGGAUACACCAAGCAUAAGUUCGACACCACUAAAUCGUCUACCUUCACCAAGGAAACCCGCACCUUCUCCAUUGAGUAUGGCUCAGGAUCCUGCAACGGAUACCUCGGAAUUGAUGUCGUCAGCUUCGCUGGUAUGUUUUCACCGUACCAGUACAAGGCUUUUCGGCCGUCACCAGUCUGGAUCAUUUCAGGUCUGUCGAUCCCCAAGCAGGAAUUCGGUGUCGCCACCCAUCUCGCUGAUGUGUUCGGUUACCAGCCAGUCGAUGGAAUCCUCGGACUCGGAUGGCCAGCACUUGCUGUUGAUAAGGUCGUGCCACCCAUGCAAAACCUGCUCAGCAGUCUUGAUGCCCCUCUUUUCACCGUGUGGAUGGACAGAAAGUUGACCAUCAGCAACGGAGGCAACGCCGGUCUCAUCACUUAUGGAGCUAUCGACACAAAGAACUGCCAGUCUCAGAUCAACUACGUGCCACUCUCAGCCGAGACCUACUGGCAGUUCCCCAUUGAUAGCUUCGCAAUUGGAAGCUUCUCAGAGACCAAGAAGCAACAGGUUAUCUCCGACACCGGUACAUCCUGGAUCGGAGCACCCACCACAGUUGUCAGCGGUGUUGUCAAGCAGACCGGAGCCAAGUACGAUUUCCUGAAUGAGCUCUACACCGUCGACUGCUCCACGCAGAAGACCCAACCAGAUCUCAUCUUCACCAUCAAUGGAGUCAAGUACAACGUGCCCUCUGUUGAGUACGUCCUCGACCUCGGUCUCGGAAACGGAAAGUGCGCUCGGGACUGCUUCGCCAUGAAUCCGGAGGUUUCGGUCCAGCCUGGAUUCUUGGUGACACCUGGAUUCGUACCUACUGCAACAUCUACGAUAUCGGCCAGAAGCGAAUCGGUUUCGCCUCGGCUAUUCACACCGGAAUCUAAAAACAAUGUUUAUAGUAUUAUACAUAUAAAUAGUUGUAAACUA